AUGCUUCUCUUUUUUGUCUGUCUGCUCGUCGUGCUAGCUAAGAAGUCCCCUGAGAUCACAGACCAUGUAAUCUUUGAAGUGAGGCAGGGAUCUGCUACUCUUGGUAACAUCACUCUGGGGCUCUUUGGGAAGGUGGCCCCAAAGACAGUGACAAACUUUGUGGAGAUUUCAAAGGGAAGCCAUGGAUACAGCUACGAGGGAUCUAAGUUUCACAGAGUCAUUGCCAACUUCAUGAUUCAGGGGGGAGACUUCGAGCGCGGGGACGGCCGUGGAGGAUACUCUAUCUAUGGGUCGGAGUUUGAUGACGAGAAUUUUCAGCUGGAGCAUCGGAUAGGCUCACUUUCCAUGGCGAACAGAGGCCGUAAUACUAACGGGUCGCAGUUCUUUAUAUGCACAGUGGUUACCCCCUGGCUCAACGGCAAGCAUGUUGUCUUUGGACAUGUAGUUGAUGGCAUGACUGUUGUCAAGACCAUUGAAAACGUUAAGAAGGACCCGCAAGAUAGACCUCUUGAGGACGUCGUUAUUUCCGCUGUAUAUGUCACCAAGCCGGAUCCGUACACCCUUGACAGUUGGUAA